AUGGAUAAGCGUAUACUUCUACUAAUUGGUGGAGGACAUGAUACUGGUGUCAAGUCGAUGAGCAAUGAGCUGAAGACGAAAUUUGACAGCCUGUUUCCUGAGUCGAAUAUCAAAGUUAUUGAUAUAGACUAUGAACAGGAAUAUAUGAUAUCACCAGCACGGAUUAAGAGAAGCUAUUCUAACGAAGAUUACGAUUUUGAUGUUCUCUACAAUACAUUAACACAUCAAUCGGAACAUAAAGCAGAAGGGGAGGUUGAUAUAAUAAUUGUAUGUGGUUGUUAUGCACUUUACAAUCAAAAAAUCAAUGAAUUGGCAAAUUUGAGAGUAUUUGUUGAAAGUGAUGGCGAUGUUAGGUUGAUUAAUAAAAUUAGGUCAGAAAAUAUUGACAACUCAGAACAACUAGCAACCACUCUUCAGGAGUAUCUACAGAACCUACGACCUGAGAUGGAGAAUUAUAUCGAACCAACUAGAGUGCAUGCUCAUUUAAUAAUCCCAUACGCAAAUAAGGACUCUGGUGUGGCUAUUAUUGUCGAUGGUAUGGUCAAAAUUGUUAAUGAGGUCUCAAAUUCUAGAUCACCAGACAGACAAAAUUCGAAAGAAAUAGCUAGAAAUCAAUUAUACGACUUCUUGGGUGAAAGCAUGGAUAAUGAACGCAGCAGAUAUUACGAUUUGGCUUAA